AUGAAGCUUAUCUCCACUUUGCUCAAGAAAUUCAAGAAGUCUUCCUCAAAUACUUCAUCCCAAAAACUAGGUUCCACCUCUUCUGAAUCAUCGAGAAACAUCUGGAGUCAUUCCAAUAUGUCCACUUAUGAUGAGAAGCUCAAAAAGUACGAAAUUCAACAAAAGAAAGCGGAAGAAGUGAAAGAAAUCAGACAAGAACGCCGGACUCUUCGCCGUCAGAAUCGCUUCCUCGGAUUCCAAAAUGAUGUUUUGACCCUUCAGAAUCAACGACUCGCCUCCGAAAAGCACAACCUGAGAGUUGAGAAACAAGAGAUUGCAGAGAAGAAGUGUGAACUUGCAAGACGUCUUCGCAAGCAAAGAAGAGUCAGUGAAUACUACAGAAGAAAGCUCGCCGAAAUUCAGAAACUCGAGAAGAUCACUAUCUAA